AGCUUCUCAGUUAAACAAAGCUUGAAAACUAAGCCAAGCCUCCUCAUGGGCUCGAGAAGUGGCAUGCAUGCUACUUUUCUUCUUCAAUGGGGAGAGUGGAACAAGUGGAAUUAAAUCCCUAGGGCUGCUGGGAGCAUAUAAAGAAGCACUGUGCCCGUGCCCACUUUACCAUCCAGACCUGAGUCAAGGCACAUUCAGACAUGGCCGCUCGACUCUGGCCCAUGUUCCUGCUGGCUAUCUUUAACCUAGGCAUCUUUGCCCCUCCCUGUGACACUGAAGAGUUACGAUGUCAGUGCAUUCAAAUAACGUCCGAGUCGAUCCCUUGCAAAUUCAUUAAAACCAUCGAGGUGAUAUACGAGAAUAUUUACUGCAACAGAAUGGAAGUGAUAGCAGUGCUAAGAGACGGGAAUGCAAUUUGUUUGCAUCCGAAUUCUACGUGCGUGAGGACUCUUAUCGACAACAUUCCUAGCAGACCUUUCAUACCUAAGGACUACGCAUCAGCGAACAAUCUACGUGGAAUGAAGUUUAUGUACAGUGUUGAGUUUGAAAAGCUCCUAUAUCUUUCAUUUAUGGAGCCUCAGGACGGAUAAUGGCGCCAUGCAGCCUUUUACUGACUGACAGACUACCCACAGGUUGCUUAACAUUUUGUGCUUCAAAGCCUUAUCCCACCCCAGGAUGGGAUGUUUCAAGGCUGCAUCUCAGCACAGAGCUGGGAUCCUCAACUCCCGUGCCCCAGAGUGAAACACUUCUUUUCAUUCGUCAGAAAAUCUGAAAUAAAACUGUGCUAAUUGAGACACAUUGGGAUAUGCAUGUAAUAUCAGCACUAGGGAAGUUAAGGCAAGAACAUCAUGAAUUCAAGGCUAGCCUGGAUUACAUAGUUGCAGACUAACUUGGGCUACAGGGAGACUGUGCUUAAAACACAAACAUGCACACACACACACACACACACACACACACACACACACACACACACACGUACCAGUGGUGGAUGGGUUGAUGAAGUGACAUCAAUUGUAUAGCAUAAAUAUUUUAAAAUUUAAAAUGUACUUUUCAUUUUUUAGUUUUUAUGUGUGUAUGUCUGUUUCUAUGUGUGAAUACGGGUGUGCAAAACUUCAGGUGUCAGUCCUCAGUUUCCACCUAGUUUGAGGCAGGGUCCCUCUGUUGUUUUCCCACUCGGAAUGCCAGGCUAGCUGGCCCAUGACAUCCCAGGGAGCCUCGUGUCACCCUGGGAACACUGGGGCUACAAAUAUAUUUGUGCUUGGCUUUACAUGGAUUCUGGGAACUAAAACCUUGGUUUUCAUACUUGAAUGACAAGCACUAGUCAUCUUUCCAGACCCAUCAUUUUUUAUUAAUUUUUAAUUGAGCAAAUCUUCUAGAAAACAAUAGUCAAGACUAGAAGUAAACACCAAAAUGUGGAUGGGAACAACAGUAGGAAAUCAAGGCUUUCUAUUCUUGAGGAUGCCACUGCAGACAAGUGAGGUGUGGGAGACAGAGCUACAGCCACUCUCUGACCACUUAACUUCUUCCUGGCAAAAAUUUGGCAUAUAUAACACCUGUAAACAUUAAAUAAACAAACAUCCACUUUCUGCUUGUCAUUUCCGGUGAAAGAGUGUGUUCCAAGAUGAAUGAUAUUACCUUGGAGCCAAAGCGGGAACACUGUGUCCAAAGAAGAGUGUGUAGGCACCAGAGCCUGUGGCUUUCUCUAGCCAACUCUUGUAGAUUUGUCUUUUUCUGCGAACCCGAUGCUGCUCCAAUCCUUGCUUAGUCUUUCGGCUUGGCUGUCCUGCAUGGACUUCCUCCCUCUAAUGUUUCACUUUUAAGUCUCGAAAGAGGUGUUAUUGAUCAUGGUGCUUUGUUUUUACACAUUGGUCUAACUACCUAUAGCCCUGAGCCUCUUUCCACAUGGUUCCAGUGAGGCCAUCUGUGGUCUGUCAUUGCAGAAUAAAGGAACAGAUUCUUGUGAUACAGUGGGUAGUUUCAUUAUGGUCUGCAUGUAUGGGUGAAGGGGAUCAAAGACAGAUAGCAGAAAGACAAAACAAACUUUCUCAGAUGCAACUUUAUUGUAGUGUUCUUCACAUGAGUGUAGACAUAUGUACAUCGGUGUGUGUUCGAGGGCCAGGGGACAAUCUCGUUUUUUUUUUUUUUUUUUUUUUUUUUUAGUGCUGUCUUUUAUUUUCUUGGUCUUUUGUGUUGUUUUGUUUUGUUUUUGAGACAAGGUUUUUUUCACUGUCCUGAAACUCACCAAAUAGUAUCUGGGUUGGUAGACGCAGGAAAUCCAGAAAUCUACCUGCCUGCCUGGCACUCCCCUGUGCUGUAGUUACAACCACAGGAGCUCUGUUUUUGUGGGGGCUCCGAGGAUUAAACUCAGGUCUUUAUGAUUGCAAAGUGAGCACUUUACUGAUGGAGCUAUCUAUCCAGCCCCAGAAAAAAAAAUGUUAGAGAGCUGUGUUCAGAGAAUUGAGAGCGAUGCAUCACACACCCACACAGACACACACACACAGACACACACAGACACACACAGACACACACACAGACACACACAGACACACAGACACACACACAGACACACACACAGACACACACAGACACACACACAGACACACACACAGACACACACACAGACACACACACAGAUACACACAGACACACAGACACACACACAGACACACACACAGACACACACACAGAUACACACAGACACACACACAGAUACACACAGACACACACACAGACACACACACACAGACACACACACACACAGACACACACACAGACACACACACAGACACACACAGACACACACACAGACACACACACACAGACACACACAGACACACACACAGACACACACAGACACACACACACACACACACACACAGACACACACACAGACACACACAGACACACACACACAGACACACACACACAGACACACACAGACACACACAGACACACACACAGACACACACAGACACACACACACACACACACACACACACACACACAGACACACACACCAGUCAAACAAAAGCACAGGCUUGAAUUCUGAGUUCCUUCAUAUUCAGAUAAUCUUUUUAAUACAGUUAUAAAUGUGGAACAUUAAAAAAAAAAAAAAAACAAAACCUCGGUCCCUUACAGAGUUGCUGCAAUUAGAUAUUGAACUUGCUUUGAAAGCAAACAUAAAAAGUGAAACAAGUUUUGUUAUUACUGUUGUUGCUGUUCUUGUUGUUUAGUGAUUUUUCUGAUUGUGCUUGGGACAUUCGGCUGUUACGGCAUCCACUCAGACUUGUAUUCAUAAUCGUAUGUACAGAUCGAACCACUUAUGUUGUUGUGAAAAUAUAAAAAAUAAAAGAGUCUAGAAUCUGCUC